AUGUCAUACUAUGCACUAGUUACAAGAAAAAAUUCGACAGCAUUAUCAACAUCAUUACCUAUUUUUUCAGUUGAACUUGAACAAUAUGAUCAACAAAAACAAAAUAAUGAUGAAGACGAAAAAGACGAGAGUCUUUUAACAAAACCAGUAACACCAAUCGUAAUAUUACCACCUAUUCGAACUGCAACUAGUCAAAAAUCAAAAACCAUACCGUCUGCUUCUAAUUGUAUUCGUCAACCAACUUUUCAUUCGCCUAUACCAUCUGCCGAAUUAUCAUUAAAAUCUUCAUCACCAAUAAUAAAAACUCCAACACCAAUUCUAUUACCAAAACGUCAAUUUGAACAUGGUGGUCCAGUUGAUCAAGAUAUUUUUCGAAAAGCUUAUGAACGAGCAUUAUCAGUUGCACGUAGUCGUCUUCUAUUUCGUGAUCCAUAUUCAUUAACACAAGCAAGUGCUACACAUGGUGUUCUCUAUUCAUAUUAUGAUCAUACACCAAUGUGUAUAUUUUCUCGUGGAGCUGCUUGUAAUCAUCGAGAUACAACAUCUAAACAAGAUCGAAAAUUAAAAACAAAUACAUUACGAAAAAAAAUUUUUAAUGAUGUCAUUGUAGAAAAUUAUAUUCGAUAA